AACUGCCCCUGUGUGGGAUGCUCCAGCUGAAUGGGGAUUAUACCUCGGCACUAAAACAUACCAAACACACACAGGCAUGCUCACUCGCCCACUUUGCAUCCUUCCUAAACACAGCCAUCGCUCUCUCCAUCUCUUGCGCCUUGUCUCUCAUGGAGGCUAACCUUUAAAUAUGAGUGUUGCAGGGAUUCACCGUGGAUUUCUCAGGAAGUAUGGUGGCUUUAUGUUCAAACAAUGGAAGGAGAGGUACCUCAUAUUGACAGCUGACGGCUGUGUGUUGGUGAGUCGCGAUGCAGUGUCCCCUCCUGACCAGAUGGUGGCAUUGCAGGGGGGCUGUGAGGCCAUCGUGGAGGGCAGGGAGAUCCUGGACCUGCCCAAGCUGCCCUCUGGAGGACGCAGGGACUGCUGCUUUGCUCUGAUCCUGCCUCAGGAGAAGUUCCUGCUGCUACUGGCUGACAACGCAGAAGACUGCAGUCAAUGGGUCAACAUGCUGAGGAAAGUGCGAGAGAGUGUAUCGUCACCAAUGUCCUCCUGUAGACGCCAUAAUGCUUCGACACGAUGCAUCACUGACAGAGACCCGCUUCCAGACCCCAUUUCUGACAAAGAUUCCCCAACUCCACCGCUCAGUGAUAUGGAGAUCUUAUCUCCUGGGCCAAGAUACCCUGGGCCAAGAUCUCCUGGGCCGAGAUCUCCUGGGCCAACCUCUCCUGGCUUAAUCUCUGCUGGGCCAAAUUCUCCUGGGCCAACCACAGGCAACAUUCAACAAAAGGAAAAUGGCCAGAAAUCUCCCCACAUGAAGAGGGACAAAGGGACUAGUCGUUCAGUGGGCUGUCUGCGCCAUGGCACCAGCCAUGAUGCCCAGGCAGUGAGGGCUGUGUAUCUGCUGAUGGGAGGGGCCGCUGCUUCCUCUGCCAUGGGUUACCUGGGUGCAUGUUCUCCUGCUAAUCUUGAUGUAAGGCCUCCUGACCUGCCGCCCACCACAGACUUCUCUAACCUGGGCUCAGCAGGGACAUACCACUCCUGCAACCAGACUGUUGUUGACUCUCCUCACUUCCACAGCUUUGACUUUGAGGGGGCAGACUCAGACUUUGAUGCCUUUGACUGUGGGGGAUUUUCAUUCUAGGGGGGAAAUGAUGAUUUACCUACCGUCAAGACUUUCAAUCCUCCUGUUAAUCCUUUAUGAAAAUACAAGGGCAAUAAUUGCCUCUUAUUGUUGCCACCCUUUGUAAGUGAUAUGUACUGAUGCAAAACAUUUGAGCUAUUUUAUCUUAUCUUUGAUAUAAUUUAUUUGAUUACAACCUGUCUGCUGUCACCCUCUGGCUAUGGAGAGAGCGUGGAUUUUUUGAUGCCGUUUUAAGUAACGUAAUGUAAGCAUACCUUGUCUUUAUAACUAUUUGCCCCACACCUAUCUCCUUAACUUGUGCUCUGCCAUGUGUUAGCUAAGUUUAUUGUCAUUGUUUCGUUUCCUUAUUUAUAUGUUGCUUAAAUAAAUGCCAGUGUUCGAUAGAAAAUGUUUUGUCCUUUCUUGUCUCUUUCAUUCCCAUAGCGAGCAAUACGCAGCCUUGUGUAGCCUAGCACUCAUUAAUGCAUUCAUCACAUUAGGGGUGAGUGGGGUAAGUGGAGCAAUGUUUUACAUUCAGCGUCACUCUGUCAAGGGAAAUAUAGUAUUAUUUAUUUAAAAGAUAUCUACAUAUAUUUAUGAAUGUUGUGUAUCCCUGUAAAUAAUCACAAUUAACGUAAACAUUACAAUUUUGAAAACAUAGCUUGUACAAAAAAAGUGGUCUCUUGGCACAACUUACCCCAGGUAUGGGGUAAAUUUAGCCGCCUACAAAUAACUGU